AUGCUGGACCGUAUUGCUUUAGCGGUGGUGUUAUUGUUAUGUCAGGGUAGAUUCAACUCUGUGCCGGCAAUAUUUUUUGGCAAAGGAAGGUACCAAGUGACGUCAAGCUAUUUCCAUGACAACAGGGCGAGCAAAAGUCCGUUUUCCGCAGUCGUAACGGUUUCUGCGGAAGCAACGGUCGACUUUUACGAUUGUUAUUUUGAGAACCGCCAAGUUGUAACGUCCGCAGCACAGUUUUUCGCAAAAGGGGGAUCUUCGGUGGCUUUCAACGGUAUUAAUAUAUUUAACAUCACCGCAAUGAAUACAGCACAGGUAGUUUUUCUACGUAUACCAUCUGAUGGAAGCACCGGAGUUGUUCUAAGAAGAGAAUUUAAACUUUUAUGUCCUCAAGGGUAUGUGCUGCAUUCUCAAAAGACCUGCAAGUAUAACAUACGCAGCAUAUAUUGUUCAUACGCUUACUUAACCUGUGAGAAAUGUCCACCAAAGACCUAUACGAUUAGCAAAUCAGCAUUCGUGUUUAAUACAAGCAACAACAUCACCUGUAAGCCUUGUCCUCGCGGGGGAAGCUGUCUUAAUGGCGUCGUCAAAGCGAGGCCAAAUUUCUGGGGAUACAAAGCUAACACCUCGAUUAAGUUUGCGCAAUGCCCGCCGGGAUAUUGCUGCGAUUCCAAGGAUUGCGUCAGCUAUGAUAGUUGCCAUGGUAACCGAACUGGAACGCUCUGCGGUCGUUGCGCCAGCGGAAUGUCCGAUGGUUUGUUCAGCUCGUCAUGUAUUUCCAAUGCAAAAUGCUCAGUAUCUUUAUUCAUCCCAAGUGCACUAGCCAUAUUGGUUCUUUACCUUAUCUUUUUCCUUUACCACGAGGAGAUCGAAAGGAUCAUUUCGAGAAUUUUUUUUGGCAGCUUGAAGAUUUUUAACUCGCGGCGAAUUCCUGCUAGAACCCCAACGAAUGAAAGGAAUCGACGCGGUGGAAUGAUCAAAGUGGUAUUCUAUUACUACCAAGUGGUACGAUUGCUUCAAGGCACCGUAGGAUCACAGAAACGAAACCACGUAAUCGAAAAUCUGAAAGAUUUCAUCGCACGAAUUUUGAAUAUGGUUUUGGUCGACACGACGCUUUUGAAUUGUCCGUUUCAAAGUCUUCAACCCGUUCAGAAAGCUGCGAUACUGCACUCUGUUGGCUAUUUCCUGUUAGGAUUGUUGGCAAUACUUUACAUCAUCUCAGUUCUUGUUCUGUAUCUUCAAAAAUUCUUCAAAAUCUCUGGAUACAACGAGAUGACGAACAUAGCAGCAAAUGAAGAAGCCAGGCAGUCAUCAACGUUCAAGGCGCGUAUUGCUUCAGCUUUUACCUACAUAUCAUUAUUAAUGUACACCUCUUCCACCCAGCUCUGCCUUUCUCUUCUUCAUUGCGUACCAGUUGGAAACAAUCAGGUUCUGUUUCUUGAUGGGAAUGUAAAAUGCUACCAAACAUUUCAAUAUAUUCUUCUUGCCUACGUAGUAUCAUCGGUGUUUCCGUUUUGUCUCGUUCCUGUCCUUGGUGCGUAUCUUUUGAAAAUAAAUCGCAUUUCCGUUUCACAAUUCUGCGUCGCAUGCAUAUUCCCGUUGCCAUUUUGUUGUUUCUGGAUCUAUUUAGUACUCAGGGAGUAUCGCUGGCAGAAGCGAGCUGGCAAUGACACCAGGGAAUCCAGCGAAAGUUUUAGAGAAGCUAGUGAAGAUUAUUGCGUUGAGAGUUCUUCUGAAGAUCGUCCAAUCCAGCAGUUACCAGAUCAAGAAAUCACAAAGCAUUCCUAUGUUUCCCUGACUCUGUUCUCCCAUGGGAAGGUUACUUGA